CCAAGACUGUAAACUUCUGUGUCUUGUUCAGCAUACAACUAUAACACCGUGGUGGAGUUCUUCCUGGAAAAGAAAAUGGCACUGCAUCAUCUAGUUCUGGUUGUAUUCGUCGGUAUACUUCUGAUUUUAAAACCAGUCUAUACUUUGAAUGCAAAUGGACGGAACGUUUGCUCAUCUUUAAGAAGUUCAACAGAAUCGUACGUCGGUAGCAGUUCCUACAAGUCAUCGUACACAAAAGCAUGUGGGUUGUUCGGUUGGGAUAGGUGUACUCACUACCGCACAAAAUAUAGAGGUGCCACAAGAUACCGAGCAAGAUACAGAAGAGUAUAUAUGUGUUGCCUCGGUUGGGCACAAGCGUCCCCUGGAAGCAAUGAUUGCAAUGUCCCUUUAUGUCCACCCCGAUGUGUCCACGGAACCUGCGUAGCUCCAAAUCGGUGUAAUUGUUAUGAGGGUUUUCAUGGAAGUACAUGUGAAACUUUUCUUCUCUUUUGUCCGUGA